AUGGAGUCGCCGUCUGAAGAAGAAAGAAGGACCCGUGCCAUCGCUGUAGACCCAGAUGAAACUAUCUUGACUGCCUUUCCCUUCAAACCUCACAACUCUCUGCUGGAGUUCCUGAAGGGGGAGCCAAAAGUUUUAGGGGCUGUCCAGAUUCUUCUUUCUUUGAUCACUGUGUGCCUCGGAUUUAUAUUAGCAUUUAAUUUUAUCUUCUUCUCCAAAAUGCUUCCUCUCAUUGUCCUCACGGGAUAUCCGUUCUGGGGAGCAACUAUUUUUUUUCUGGCAGGAUUCGCCACAAUGUUCAAUGAUAAAGCAAGACAAAUUCUGAGGCACGGAGUCGUGACCAUGAAUGUCGUCAACACGCUGGCUGCGUUAAUUGGGAUUGCUUUGAUCCUCGUCAGCUUUAGGCAGCCACACAAAUUCUGCCAGAUGCCCGCCUCCCUUGAUGGAACGUGUGGUGUAGGCAGAGCACUUCUCCUUGGAAUUUUGUCAGUCUUAUUAUUCAUCGCCAUCGCAGAGUUCAGCAUCUCUGUGACUAUUAUAUCCUUUAGAAGCUGGACCAGUCCAAGAGAGGCUGUGUUCUUCUUUCCUUCAGAAGUUGCUCAAAAUGCUGAACAGCCUGCACCAGAAGAAAAUAACACAUUACGAUUUGAGUUUCAAGGAAAAUCUUCCACUGAUAAUAUAGCUCAAGACAUAAAAACUGUUUUCUUAGGAGGUUAUGCUUUCUUCAAGUUAAGAGUCUCAAGAAAUCCUUCAGCUCCCAAAACUAUCCCACAGAAAAGUGAUAAAGGCACAUCUUCUGCGCAAGUUCCAAAUGAACAGGAGACUAUUCCUCCACUCUCUCCAGAGGUAGAAACCAAAGUGAAUGUUUCACCUCCUUCAGUAACACCAAAGCCUUUAGGAAACAUUUCUUCUCAGGAAAAAUCUAGAACCAAUAGUCUGAAUGAUGAGGACCUAGCAUCAAUUGUAGAUCAACCCUCAAUUGUACAUCAACCCGCUGAUAUGCAAACUAAAUUACUUGUGUUUGAAAACCCACCACUCAGAAUUCUUAAAACUCCAUCUUCAAACAAUUUCCUCCAUUUGUCAGAAGAUAAUUUGUCUACUCAAACAUUACUUACAACUCUGUCAACACAAGUCUUACAAUCUAAACCCCCAUCAUUCCAUAUAUCACCGUCUGAUGAUCUGACAUCUGAAGAUUUGCCCUCUGAAGACAUACCAUCGCAAGAAAACCCAUCCCAAGACACACCAUCCCAAGACACACCAUCCCAAGACACACAAUACGAAGAUACACUAAUUGAAGACAUACCAUCCCGAGGAACUCCGUACCAACAGCUAUCAUUCCAAGAGAUACUAACUGGAAAGACACCACCCCAAGGGACUCCAUCCCAAAAACCUCCAUCUCAAGGGACUCCAUCAAAAAAAACUCCAUCUGAAGGAAGUCCAUACCAAGAGUUAUCAUUCCAUGAGAUAUUAACUGAAAAGACACCAUCCCAAGGAAGUCCAUACCAACAGCUAUCAUUCCAAGAUAUACUAACUGAAAAGACACCAUCCCAAGUUACUCCAUCCCAAAAAACUCCAUCUCAAGGGACUCCAUCAAAAAAAACUCCUUCUGAAGGAAGUCCAUACCAAGAGCUUUCAUUCCAAGAUAUACUAACUGAAAAGACACCAUCCCAAGGUACUCCACCCCAAAAAACUCCAUCUCAAGGGACUCCAUCACAAAGAACUCCAUCUGAAGGAAGUCCAUACCAACAGCUAUCAUUCCAAGAUAUACUAACUGAAAAGACACCAUCCCAAGUUACUCCAUCCCAAAAAACUCCAUCUCAAGGGACUCCAUCAAAAAAAACUCCUUCUGAAGGAAGUCCAUACCAAGAGUUAUCAUUCCAUGAGAUACCAACUGAAAAGAUACCAUCCCAAGGAACUCCAUCCCAAAAAACUCCAUCUCAAGGAACUCCAUUCCAAAGAACUCCGUCUGAAGGAAGUCCAUACCAACAGUUAUCAUUCCAAGAUAUACUAACUGAAAAGGCACCAUCCCAAGAAACUCCAUCCCAAAAAACUCCAUCUCAAGGAACUCCAUUCCAAAGAACUCUGUCUGAAGGAAGUCCAUACCAAGAGUUAUCAUUCCAUGAGAUACUAACUGAAAAGACACCAUCCCAAGGAACUCCAUCCCAAGGUACUCCAUCUCAAGGCACUCCAUUCCAAAGAACUCCAUCUGAAGGAAGUCCAUACCAACAGCUAUCAUUCCAAGAUAUUCUAACUAAAAAGACACCCUCCCAAGGUACUCCACCCCAAAAAACUUCAUCUCAAGGAACUCCAUCAAAAAAAACUCCGUCUGAAGGAAGUCCAUACCAAGAGUUAUCAUUCCAUGAGAUACUAACUGAAAAGAUACCAUCCCAAGAGACUCUAUCCCAAGAAACUCCAUACGAAAAUGCACUAACUCAAGACACACCAUCCGAAGAGACUCUAUCACAAGACAGUCCUUAUCAAGAUAAACCAUUCCAAAAAUCUCCAUCCCAGAAUAUGCAAUAUCAAGAUAUACUAUCUCAAGGCAAAAUAUCCCAAGGCAUACAAACCGAAUAUAUAGUACCCCAAGACACGCCAUUCUCAGAUCUUCAAACACUAAACACUCAAGAUCAGAUCCAGAAAUAUCCAGAAAUAUUCUAUAGGGACAUUCGAACAGAAGUCAUAGAACUGACUCAAGAAUGGAAGUCUACUGCAGACAAGAAAGCCCCAAGAAAACUUUCCUUAUCCUUACCAGGCAAACCUGCCCAACUCCAUCAGAAGAGACAUUCCUUGGACUUGCAAACCAAAGGUGAGAAACCAAGAAGACUUUCUUUAGAAUUACAAAGUAAAACAAGACGUAAAUCCAUAGAUCAGCAAAUCAAAUCCUGGCUAUUCCCAAAGAAGCAUACCAAAGAGAAACAAGAUGCACAUACUCAAACUACACAGCAACUCCCACCUCAUCAAGCUGAUGACCAGCAGGUCAAAGAGAAGGAGAUCUCAGUAGAAGAAUCCCAAGAUGAGCAAAUCAAAGAACAAAAAUCUGAAGAGGACCUAAUCCCAGAAGAACAGCUUAAUGACAGAGAGGAUGAACAUCAACAGUCUGAUAUAGAGCAACCUACAAAAGAAGAAGAAGUUCAAGUUCAACCAGCUGAAGACCAGCAGCCUCAAGAGCAGAAAGAACCAAGGACCGAGUUCCCAAACGAAUCACAAAGUCUAGUUAGGAGAGUCCCAAAGCAGUUAUGUGAGGAAAUGGAUUCCCAAAACUUUCAGAUCGCAAAAGGGUCCUCUUCAUACUGGUCAACUGCAUCCUGGCAGCCUCUUUGCCAGGGAUGCCAAGACUGGAGAAGUCAAGGCUGGAGAAACAAAGAGUGGAAAGCACAAGAAUGGCAGUUUAAAAUGCAGCCUUCCCUAAACUGGGAAUCCCAAGAGCUAUUAGAGAGAGAAUCUUUAAGGCAAAGGGCACUAUACCAAGAUAUCCAACCCCGCACCACCAUAAUCCGACAGACCCAUGAUCGUCAAUUGCAAAACUUUAUAUUUCAAGUAGGUCUGUGUCAACCUAAUGACCAACAAGACUCUGAAUCCGCUGUUUCAAGAGAAAAUACACACACACACAAUGUACAAGCAAGAAAGAGAGAACCAGAAGACACAGAAGAUACAUGCCAGAAACCAAAAGACCAACAGUCAGAAGAUAUGAGGCCAGAAAAUCAUCCUGCUUCUUGCCAGAGCUUGGUUCCAUACAUAUGUUUAACCAGUUUAUCCAACAUAGCUUCAGAGCAAGAGGUGCAGGACAGCACACCGUCUUCACAGUCAUCCAAAGAUCUAAAUGCCACUUCUUCCUCGUGCUAUCAGAGAGAUCAACAGCAAUCUGACGAUUCAGACUAA